AUCCGUUUGAGUAAGCAGUCUCCAAGCACUGGAUUAAACUAAUCUGUUAUUUCUUCUUUUAUAUACAUUUUCCUCACGUGAAAAAGCCUAUGGUCUUGCCUUUAGUUGCUCCUUAAGCUGCUUUUUAACGAAGGUACCGAACCCCAACUAGCAUCAUUCAUGUUUGUCAACUCUAGGGAUUUGAAAUCUCUUCUCCCAAACCAUUUUUUACUGCAAAAGCUAAGCUUGAUUCUCCUUAAUUUCAGGCUUUUAAAAUAUCCCAUUUUUUUGUGUGUAUAAGAUCUGCCAUUCCUUUCUCAUUUCCUUUACUCCAUAUCAGCACUCCUCAUUUAGAAUGUAUAGGUCUUCAAGCACUUCUCGGAGCUUUGAUGAAUUCUCGGUUGACUUGCUGCCUGAUUCCAUAAGCUCCCCACCAUUGAAGAAUGAAGCUUCUAGUGUUUUGCCCUUGUUUAAGAGUAAUAGUGACGCCAAGAAAGAAAUGGGGUUGCAAUUUAAGUCUCCAGGAGAAAAUGCAGUUCACUUAAUCCCUCUUACUUUGUUUCUUUGUGCUUUAAUCCUCUGGGUUUGUUCAACCAGGUAAAUUUUGAUUAUAGAUCCAUAAUGUAACUCAAUGCUGCUUUCUUCACUCAGCCAAGUAACUGUUGGAUUGAAAUAAAAAUGUGCUUUUCAA